CACACGCGAGAGAAAAGUGAUCGCGAAAGCCCAUAAAUUCUGUUAAAAUCUGCUGAAUAUGUCUCCUCAGGCUUUGCCAAAUGAGGAAGAUGAUUUCAUCUUGACUCUAUCGGAUGAAGACAUUGCUACCGCCGCAGAGCGAACAGCAGAGUCCUCACGAGGCGGAAAGUCUGGACUGAAACGGAGAGCGGAGGAUAUCUCUCCGGAAAGAAACAAGAAGAAGACGAAAAAGUCACGAUCUCCGAUGCCAUACUCCUCUACUUCGGAUGACGAAGAUUUACAGGAUGAAGAAGACGCUGCUUUGAACUCGGAUUUUGAAUUUCAACCCGGGGAUGCUACGACAACUGUCCUUGACGAUUUUGAUGGAUGGACGGGCCAUGCUGGUACUGCUGCGGCUGCAGACCCCGCGAAGAAACAGGCAGUAGAUUUGGACGACAUCAUCGCACGGCGAAGGCAGACCCGCGAUCAGGGUUCUCAGCCAGACAGUUCCGACAAUGACGCUUCGGAGAAUGAAGAAGAAUUAAGUCCGUCAAGUGCUGACGAGGAGGAUGAGGAUGACAUUGUUGAAGAUGAAAAACCAGACAACUCAGCUAGUAGGGGUAUCCAAGGAAUCGGAUCAGAGAAUGGAGAUGACGAGGCAUCGGAUGAUGAUUCCAUCGCCUCCCCCGUUGCCCAUCCCGACGACCUAGCUUCCGAUACUGCCUCAGAUGACGACGAAGACGAGAAUCCGACUCAGCUAGCUCGCCGCGAGGCAUUUUUUGCACCGGCGGAGGAAGGCACUACCCCAGCCAAGGGCUCGAAAGCUUCACCUGGAAUGUCUUUCCAAAGCAUGUCUCUUUCGCGACCCAUCCUGCGAGGUCUAGCUUCGGUGGGAUUCUCAGAGCCUACUCCUAUUCAAUCUAAAACUAUCCCGGUCGCUCUACUAGGCAAAGACAUUGUCGGUGGCGCUGUUACGGGUUCUGGAAAGACUGCGGCGUUCGUCAUUCCUAUCUUGGAACGCCUGCUCUAUCGUCCGAAGAAGGUGCCUACAAGCCGGGUUGUAAUCUUGAUGCCGACGAGAGAAUUAGCUGUUCAGUGUUUUAAUGUCGCCAAGAAGCUGGCAAGCUUCACAGAUAUCACGUUCUGUCAGCUAGUCGGAGGUUUCAGUCUGAGGGAGCAGGAAAAUGUUCUCAAGACUCGGCCCGAUGUUAUUAUUGCUACUCCUGGACGCUUCAUUGAUCAUAUGCGGAACUCUGCAAGCUUUACGGUAGAUACCUUGGAGAUUCUGGUCCUCGACGAAGCAGAUCGGAUGCUCGAAGAUGGUUUUGCCGAUGAGCUAAAUGAGAUUCUGACAACUAUCCCUAAGUCACGCCAGACAAUGCUCUUCUCGGCAACCAUGACUCAAUCAAUAGACAAAUUGAUACGUGUUGGCCUCAAUCGUCCUGUGAGGCUCAUGGUCGACAACAAUCGUCGUACUGUCGGUACAUUAGUUCAGGAAUUUGUUAGACUUCGGCCUGGGAGGGAAGAUAAGAGACUAGGGUAUCUCAUGGUGUUGUGCAAGUCUGUCUACACUGAAAAGACAAUCAUCUUCUUCAGGCAGAAGAAGGAGGCUCACAGGGUGAGAAUUGUCUUUGGUCUUGCGGGAUUGACGGCCGGGGAAUUGCACGGAAGCAUGAGUCAAGAGCAGCGAAUGAAAAGCUUGGAAGCCUUCCGUAACGGCAAAGUCUCGUUUCUUCUCGCAACAGAUGUUGCGUCCCGUGGUUUGGAUAUCAAAGGCAUCGAAACAGUCAUUAACUACGAAGCGCCUCAAUCCCACGAAAUCUAUCUUCACCGAGUUGGAAGAACAGCACGAGCAGGACGCUCCGGUCGAGCCUGUACUAUUGCUGCUGAACCCGAUCGGAAGAUUGUCAAAGCUGCAGUCAAAACGGGCAGAAACCAGGGUGCCAAAAUUGUCAGUCGGCUCAUCGGUCCUUCGGAGGCGGACAAAUGGGCGCAAAAGGUCGAGGCAAUGGGAACUGAAAUUGAGGAGAUCCUCAAAGAGGAAAAGCAAGAAAAGCAGCUUGCUCAAGCAGAGAUGCAUGUCAAGCGAGGGGAGAACCUCAUCGCUCACGAAGAAGAGAUUAAGUCCAGACCGAGGAGAACUUGGUUUGAGUCGGAAAAACAAAAGCAGGCCUCAAAGCAGGCUGGCUUCCAUGAGUUGAAUGCACCGGACGCCGUACAAGCCGUCAAGGAGAAGCGGAAGCUAAGCGGAAAAGAAAAGAAGCAGCUUGAGGACAGAGAGGCUAGACUGGGAGGAAAGGUUUGGAAGAAGGGUAAGACUGAAAGGUCUGGUUUGCCGACUAAGAAGCCGGGCGCCGGCAAGAAAGGGGGAAAGAAUAAAGCCAAUCUCGGGCGAAGGAAAUGAAAUGUAAAUAUAAGGACUUGGUGCAUUUGAUAUUUGUUUCAGAAGAUGCGGUCCUUCGAUCGUAAUCUUAGUUUCUAAUAUUAUAAUUUCGUACAGAUUGGCCAUCCACUCCGAUUGCCAAGGCAGUAUGGUGUGAGCAGUACGUGCAAAUCAUGAGUCUAUCAAGAACGCGUGAUCAAAGCGUCAUGUCCUAAUUAUUUGUCGCCUCAACGGCGAGUGCAGGGAGCAAAAACCACAAAGCUGGCUGCGUUCGCACAAUCUGCUUUUAUGAGAGGGAAAGCUUCCAGAUUGCGAUAAUGAGCCGUUUUUGAGGGUAAUGGAUUCUCUGUGCUAUCAUUCGCUAGCCUGUAAUAUCAUUUCGGUAAUGAUUUUACAGCUUUCUCUAUAGAUGUAUGAGCUAUCUUAGAAUCUAUUUAAUACCCCAAGUAUUCUAACUUAAGCAACGACACGAUAUCUAUAGGUAGG